AUGAGCGACCCGUCUCAUGGACAUGUUCAGGACAUUAGAAAGUCCGGGCAGUGUCCUCAUUGGAUUGGAGAGGGCGUUUGGGCUGAUUUGAGUAGUGCUUGGGCGACCCCUGAGUUUAUAAAAAUGAGAGAGCAGAAUAAACAGAACAUAGCCUCUGACUGUGGUGGUUUAGGAAGCUCUCUUCAUACUGGUGGAUCGGUACCUCAUACGGAACAUAGGCGGCGACUGCGGGUUGAUGAGAAGGCUAAGAAGGCUCAUGAUGAUUUUGUACGAGCUCGAGAAAGCCACCAGUCCACUGGCGAGGGGUCAUCUUCAGGAUCAGCUCACACUUUUGAGUAUCAUACUUGGUCUGAUGUUGUUGAUGGAAGACAGAGGGGGCAGAUAUAUGGCUUAGGUUUGCAGGGCUAUGCUUAUGAGAGCAGUUCAUCUACCUCAGCAUUUUAUGAUCCAAGUGGAGCUGAAGAAACUAACGCCGACGGCAUCCGGCGGUCUUCCGAUGAAAGACCGACGGGCUUGACCGCUGGUCGUACCGGCGGCCGGCACUGCCGGUCGCCGUCGGUAUAUUACCGGGGGUGUACCGACGCUUUGCCGGCGGUGUAUCGGGCGUUUGCCGGCCGCCGUAGUCGCCGGUAA